AUGACGCCGUUCGAUCCCGCCAUGCCCGCUGGCGAUGCCAGCCGACUCUUCUGGAGUCUGAAGGACGUGGGAUACCCGCACACCACAUCCUUCGUCAAGGGCGUGAGCUAUUUGCAACUGGAAACCGCUUAUAACUACGCGGACGACAGAGAGCACCGCCUGUCGCGACUACCCUGCGACCCCGACACGUGCGAUGCACGUGUCGUCCUUCAAAACACCAGACUCGUCAACGAGCGGCUCAAAGGAGCCAGCAUCCAAGCCGAAAGAGAUGCCCGGCCGGAUUUGGCGUGCAGGGUCACGGAGAUCGACUAUGCCAGUACGCUCAAACUGGUUGAGAUGCAGGUGAAGAAAGAAGCUGAGGACCUCGAGAGGGCGAAGUUGGAGAGGGCGCGUGAAAUCAACGCUGCGCUGCGCGAGCAGUCGCUGGCCCCCAAGGCUACGCAGUCGCUGGCCUCUCAAUCGAAUCACGCACUCAUAGUGCGGGACGACCCUGUCCUCAGGGAGCUCUUCGGGAAGCCCAAGGAGGAAAAGCGGGAGAGUUGGUGGUGA